UGACUUAAUUCUAUGCCAAGGAAAGCCUUGCACUUGUACUUUACUCUGCAGGGGAAGAGAAACAUGGAGUUCCGUUUGAAUCUUCUUUCACUCUCACUCUUCUUCUUGCUUCUUCAUCUUCAUCAUCAAACAUCUACAGCAGUUUUUUUGAUAUCUGAUGCUCAGGGGAAAACAAGAGGUGUAGAAGAAAAUCUGGACUUAGGACGUCCAAGGAAAAGGAUACUGCAUCCAUCAAAUGGUCUGUGUGUGCUGAGAAACUACAUAAAUGAUCCACUGAAAUUGGGGCCUUGUGCUAAAUCUGAUUCAUGGAAUUACACCCCUCAAAAGUUCCUACAAGUCCAGGGAACUUAUUUUUGCUUGCAAGCAGUUGGGCAGGGGAAGCCUGUCAGACUUAGCAUCAUUUGCACUCCAUCAGAUUCUUCUUGGGAGAUACUUGUCUCCGCUUCCACUUCCACUUCCACUUCCACGAAAACUCACCUGGCUACCAAGCUAAUUGAUGGCUCAACUCUAUGCUUGGACGUUGACUCUGACAACACCAUCAUCUCCAAUCCAUGCAAAGAUUUGAACGCUGCACAAGCUUCUGAUUUUGAUACCCAGUGGUUUACUAUCAUCUCAGACAAGAGAAGUUACCUUCAAAUUGAGUAAAUAGAUUCAUGUAAUGUUUCUCCCUAUCUGCAUGCUUUCCUGUUUGAUUAUGCACUUUGUAAUAUAAACUAUGAAACAAGAUGUGUGUGAGUUCUGUCUGUAUUCUAAUGUUAGAAAGAAAAGGAUCUGUAAACAAAAAUUACAGUUAAAUAAAAAUGGGGAUUGUGUAAAA